AUACAAUUGCCUAAUAGACUAAAAGCAGCUGUAUUGGGAGACAGAAGAUUGAAUCUGGUGAACGAGAUGAUUGCUGAUAUGAGAUUGAUCAAGAUGUACACCUGGGAAUUGCAUUAUGCCGCAUUAGUUGAAAAAAUCAGAGUGAAAGAAAUGAAAAAAAUUCGAAUGUUUUUAUAUGCAAACGGAAUAUCGUUUAUUUUGGCGUAUCCUAUAUCGAAAUUAUUUACUCUCCUCGCAUAUCUCAUGUUUUAUUUAAAUGGAGGACAACUAAAUGCCCAAAUUAUAUUCGUCACUAUAACUUUUUCCAUAUACAUCUUCAACAGCAUCGUUAAUCUAUUUUGUCAAGCAGUUACUUUUGCUGCAGAAAUUUUGGUUUCGUUGAAGAGAAUACAGGAUUUUCUCCUCCUUCAAGAAAAAGAUAACAAUGAAGACAAAACUGUAGAAGAAGUAGAAAACUUAACUGAAGGUGAAAUAUGGAUGAAUAGUGUCACAGCUGCUUGGAAAAAAGGAACCGAAUCAACAUUGAAUGGAAUAUCUUUAAACAUACAUCCUGGAGAGUUACUAAGUGUUGUAGGUCCGGUUGGAUCAGGGAAGACGUCUUUAUUAAUGUCCGUGUUGGGAGAGAUUCCAAUUACUUCCGGUAAAGUGUCCGUGAAAGGAAAGAUCUCGUAUGCUUCUCAAGAAGCUUGGGUGUUCAACGCAACUAUCAGAGAAAAUAUCUUGUUUGGAGAAGAAUAUCAAGAAGACAAAUAUACAAAAGUCUUGCAUAUAACGGCUCUAGAAAAGGAUAUUAGCUUAUUUCCUAAAGGAGAUUUCACAAUUGUAGGAGAAAGAGGAGUGAUAAUGAGCGGUGGGCAGAAGGCGAGAAUUAAUCUAGCAAGAGCGCUAUAUCUCGAUGCCGAUAUUUUUCUUCUCGAUGAUCCACUGAGUGCCGUUGAUGUUCCGGUGGCGAAACAUAUAUUCGAAAAAUGUAUAAUGGAAUAUUUAAAAGACAAGAUCUGCAUUCUUGUUACGCAUCAAGUACAGUUUUUAAACUGUGCAAGUAAAAUUUUAGCGUUAAACAAGGGGAAAUGUGAAUUCAUUGGAAAAAUCAAUGAUAUGGAAAAUUUAGAAAUACUUGCAGGAAUAUUACCAAAGGAAGAAAUCGCUGAAAACAUCAUGAAUUUAGAGACUGCGAUUUUCAAUGAUGAUGAUGAAAUAAUUGGGAGUCGUCAAUCUGAUAUUAAUGAUAUCAUUGAAGACAGUAAUCACCGUGAUGCGGAAGCCAAAAAUAACCAAACACCACAGGAUAAUGAAGUUAAGAAACCAGGGAUUUCAGUUUAUAAAUCACACUUCAAUGCUGGAGCAGGACUUUUCUUCAAGAUUGUUAUUUUAUCCACGCUAAUUAUAGCUCAAUCCCUUACAAGUGCCAGCGACUAUUGGCUAAUCAAAUGGUUGCAAGAUAUUAGAAUCUAUAGCAGCAGCAUAGAGAAUUUCGAAAAUAUUACAUAUAACACAAGUAUUUUUCACAACAUUGAAGACAAAAAUUUUUAUCACAGUGAAGAAUUCAACAUGUAUGUUUACGUCGGAUUGAUAUGUGCCGUAUUUCUUACGACUUUAACUUUUGGAUUAUUGUUAUUCAAAUUUUUUACAACUGCUUCUUUCAAGCUGCACAACAAUAUGUUUCGUUGUAUCAUUCGAACUCCGAUAUCAUUUUUGGAUAACAAUCCCGUUGGAAAAAUCUUAAUUCGAUUUUCCAAAGAUGUUAGUUCCAUGGAUGAAUUGUUACCUUACUUUGCAUUCUUCGUGAUAAGAGUAAGUUAA